AUGGGUUUGCCAUAUGUUCUGUUCUUAACUCUGUUUCUGCUCUGCCUCCAAGCAAAAGCAGAGGAGUCUGGUACAACCAGGAAGCUCGCAGGAGCAUGCAACUUGUUCAGUGGGAAAUGGGUUUACGAUUCUUCAUACCCUCUCUAUGACCCUUCUUCUUGUCCCUUCAUAGAUCCACAGUUCAAUUGCCAAAAGCAUGGUCGCUCUGAUAAACUUUACCAAAAAUAUAGGUGGACGCCAUUUUCUUGUCCCUUGCCAAGGUUCAAUGGAUUGAACUUUUUGGAGAGAUAUAGAGGGAAGAAGAUUAUGUUUGUUGGUGACUCCUUGAGCUUGAACCAGUUCAAUUCAUUGGCAUGUAUGAUUCAUGCUUGGGUGCCAAAAUCUAGGAGCACUUUCAGUCAAAGGGAUGCUCUUUCCAAAGUGACAUUUGAGGACUAUGGCCUUGAGAUAUACUUGUACAGAACAGCAUAUUUAGUGGAUCUUGAUCGUGAGAAAGUGGGGCGAGUUUUGAAGCUUGACUCUAUCAAGAAUGGUGACUCGUGGAUGGGGAUGGACGUGCUGAUCUUCAACACGUGGCACUGGUGGACCCACACAGGAAGUUCACAACCGUGGGACUAUGUUGAGGAGAAUAAUAGGUUGUUCAAAGACAUGAACCGUUUUGUUGCAUACUAUAAAGGGCUAACAACUUGGGCUAAGUGGGUUGAAAGAAACAUCAAUCCAGCACAUACAAAGGUCUUCUUUUUGGGAAUUUCUCCAGUGCAUUACCAGGGGAGAGACUGGAAUCAACCAACAAAGUCAUGUAUGAGUGAGACACAACCAUUCUUUGGACUGAAGUAUCCUGCAGGAACACCAAUGGCUUGGGUGGUGGUGAACAAGGUGUUGAACAGGAUAACAAAGCCAGUGUAUUUCUUGGAUGUGACUACACUCUCACAGUACAGAAAAGAUGCACACCCUGAAGGAUACAGUGGAGUUAUGGCAACAGAUUGCAGCCACUGGUGUCUUCCAGGGCUUCCUGACACUUGGAAUGAGCUUCUGAAUGCAGUUCUUUCUGGUUGA